AAUAAAGGAUGUGACGUCACUGAGAUAACUAACUCCGCUCUUAGCAACUCUGUUAGCAACGCUGUUUUUCUUCCUCCGAAACAACAGUAAAGAUAAGCCUCUUUGAAUAUGGAGGCCGCCGCGGACGGCCGGGCGGAGACCCUAAGCCCGGUGGAAAAAGACAGCCCGGCGAAGACCCAAAGGCCAGCCCGAGACACCUCAAUCAUGUUGAAAAAUAACGCAGAUACAGGCAAAGUUCUUGCCUUACCAGAGCACGAGAAGAAGCGCAAGGAAUACUUGCCAGCAGAGUCCGUUAAGAUCCUCCGUGACUGGAUGUAUAAGCAUCGGUUUAGGGCCUACCCUUCAGAAGCGCAGAAGCAAAUGCUAUCAAGGAAGACCAAUUUGUCUUUGUUGCAGAUUUCUAACUGGUUCAUCAAUGCUCGCAGACGCAUUCUCCCGGAUAUGCUGGAACGGAGUGGAAACGACCCCACUGUUGGCCACAAAACGGGCAAAGAUGCUCAUGCCACCCACCUGCAGAGCAACGAUGCGUCUGUGCCGGCCAAGUCAGGGCCACGUGGUUCAGACAAUGCACAAAGCCUGCCCCUGCGGUCCUUGCCAAAAGGCCAGAUGUCAGGAGAGAAGAUACCAGAUCCGGGGUCGGCCCCUAGCCAGAAGCUCACCAUGAUAGCCCAACCAAAGAAAAAGGUCAAAGUUUCUAACAUCACGUCCGCGUCUUCUCCAGAACCUGUGUCUCCAGAGGAGUACGCCGACUUCAGCAACUUCCAGCUGCUAGUCGAUGCAGCGGUACAAAGGGCUGCCGAGCUGGAGCUAGAGAAGCAGCAAGAGCCUAAUCCAUGAUUGAUGAUGUCCCAAAAACCCAAGUAGUCGGUCCCUUAUCUACUGUGGUAAACCUGUUUAUGUUCACCC